GCGGCGCGCGCGUGCCCUGACAGCUCGGCCCUGCUCGCUCACUCGCUCGUCCCCGGCUUCUGAGCACAGCAUGGCGGUCAAGGUGCAGACAACCAAGCGAGGUGAUCCUCACGAGUUAAGAAACAUAUUCCUACAGUAUGCCAGUACUGAGGUCAAUGGAGAACAUUACAUGACCCCGGAAGACUUUGUCCAGCGCUAUCUUGGACUGUAUAAUGAUCCAAAUAGCAAUCCGAAGAUUGUGCAGCUCUUGGCAGGAGUAGCUGAUCAAACCAAGGAUGGGUUGAUCUCCUAUCAAGAGUUUUUGGCAUUUGAAUCUGUUUUAUGUGCUCCAGAUUCCAUGUUCAUGGUGGCUUUCCAAUUGUUUGACAAGAGUGGAAAUGGAGAGGUGACAUUUGAAAAUGUCAAAGAAAUUUUUGGACAGACUACUAUUCAUCAUCAUAUCCCUUUUAACUGGGACUGUGAAUUUAUCCGGCUGCAUUUUGGGCAUAAUCGGAAGAAGCAUCUUAACUACACAGAAUUCACACAAUUUCUUCAGGAACUACAGCUGGAACAUGCAAGACAAGCCUUUGCACUGAAAGACAAAAACAAAAGUGGCAUGAUUUCUGGUCUGGAUUUCAGUGACAUCAUGGUUACCAUUCGGUCUCACAUGCUUACUCCCUUUGUGGAGGAGAACUUAGUUUCAGCAGCUGGAGGAAGUAUCUCACACCAGGUUAGCUUCUCGUACUUCAAUGCAUUUAACUCCUUACUGAAUAACAUGGAGCUUGUUCGUAAGAUAUAUAGCACUCUAGCUGGCACAAGGAAAGAUGUUGAAGUCACAAAGGAGGAAUUUGCCCAGAGUGCCAUACGCUAUGGGCAAGUCACCCCACUAGAAAUUGAUAUCCUGUACCAGCUUUCAGACUUAUAUAAUGCUACAGGGCGCUUGACUUUGGCAGAUAUUGAGAGAAUAGCCCCAUUGGCUGAGGCGGCCUUACCUUUCAACCUGGCAGAACUUCAGAGACAGCAAUCUCACAGUUUAGGCAGGCCUGUCUGGCUCCAGAUUGCCGAGUCUGCUUACAGAUUCACUCUGGGCUCAAUUGCUGGAGCUGUGGGAGCCACCGCGGUGUACCCAAUAGACCUGGUGAAGACCCGCAUGCAGAAUCAGCGUGGCACCGGCUCUGUUGUCGGGGAGCUGAUGUACAAAAACAGCUUUGACUGUUUUAAGAAAGUCUUGCGUUAUGAGGGCUUCUUUGGACUCUACCGGGGUCUGAUACCACAACUUAUAGGGGUUGCUCCAGAAAAGGCCAUUAAACUGACUGUCAAUGAUUUUGUCCGGGACAAAUUUACCAGGAGAGAUGGCUCCAUUCCACUUUUAGCAGAAAUCCUUGCUGGAGGUUGUGCUGGCGGCUCUCAGGUCAUCUUUACUAACCCUCUGGAGAUAGUCAAGAUUCGCCUGCAGGUAGCUGGAGAGAUCACCACAGGACCCAGGGUCAGUGCCCUGAAUGUGCUCCGGGACCUGGGACUCUUUGGUCUGUACAAGGGUGCCAAAGCGUGCUUCCUCCGAGACAUUCCCUUCUCUGCAAUCUAUUUUCCUGUUUAUGCUCACUGCAAACUACUUCUGGCUGAUGAAAACGGACACGUGGGAGGUAUAUAUCUCCUUACAGCUGGAGCCAUGGCAGGUGUGCCUGCCGCUUCUCUGGUGACCCCUGCUGAUGUCAUCAAGACAAGACUGCAGGUGGCCGCCCGCGCUGGCCAAACGACCUACAGUGGUGUCAUCGACUGUUUCAGGAAGAUACUCCGGGAAGAAGGGCCCUCUGCAUUUUGGAAAGGGACCGCAGUCUUUCUCUUUCAGCUCGAGUGUUUCGAUCCUCUCCCCAGUUUGGUGUUACUUUGGUCACCUAUGAACUUCUUCAGCGGUGGUUUUACAUUGAUUUUGGAGGCCUCAAACCCUCUGGCUCAGAACCAACACCUAAGUCGCGCAUCGCAGACCUUCCUCCUGCCAAUCCCGACCACAUCGGCGGAUACAGACUCGCCACAGCCACUUUUGCUGGCAUCGAAAACAAGUUUGGCCUUUAUCUCCCCAAAUUUAAACCUCCUAGUGUUGCUGUGGUUCAGUCAAAGGUGGCGGCGGCAGCUCAGUGAUGAGACAACCAUCGAGUGCGGCAAAAUGGCGCCCUAGAGAGAGGCCUAGGAGAGCAGCCCCGUAACGCAUCCAGUCAGCUGCAUGGUGCUGACUGAGCUGAGGGGUCAAACUAUUCUUUCUAUAUGACAUAUACAUAUAUUUGUUUAUAAACUAAUCAUUUGCCCAGGAAAAAAAACUACAAUGCAGUUUGAAUCUUAGUUUUAUGUGUUGAAAUGUUUUCUAAGCCUUGGCAUGAAUUACUGUCCUAGACUGCUUUGCACAGCUUGCACUUAUAGUGACUGUACAUAUUGUACAUCUUUGUACAGAGACAUCUUGGCACCUCAUCCCGACAAAUCACAUUUAUAGAAUGUAAUGCAGUUCUGAGUGGCUUGAAAUGUACAGAAUGUUUUGAAAGUGCUUUAUUAAGAAUCACACGAAAAUAAAUGUAUUAAAAUUAAA